AUGUCUCACAACAACGAUUACAGCAGCAACAAUGAUGAGUACGGCAGUACUGGUCGCCAAGGCGGUUUCAACGACAGCACCACUGGCUCAGGAGGCUACGGCCGGCACAAACAGGACUCGAGCUACGGAAAUGACAGCCUGAGCAGCGGAGCAAACCCAGGCAGUGGUCUUGGCCGUGACCAAUUCAACGACUCCUCAAACUACAACCAAGGAGGUGCUUACCAGGGAGGUGCUCUCGGUAGCGACGACAUCGCUUCCCGUGGCAACAACUCUGGCUCUGGUUUCGGAUCUUCUGGAGACAACUACGACUCUAGCAACACUGGUGGCUAUGGCAGCAGUGGAAACGACAACUUUGGAACCAGUGGACUUCACCAUCAACCUUCUGCCACUGGAAGCUUUGGCGAUGAUGAUUUGAAGCCUUCUCAUGGUAUCGAGAGAGAUACACACCACACCACUGGUGGAAACUACCCUUCUCUCGAUGACAAUUACGGCUCAGCUGCCACAUCCGGUGCAGGUUUCGGCAACAAGUCAUCAUCUGACCGCGAUUCUUAUGACGACUCGAGCAACACUCGCUUCGGCUCCUCGGGCGACACCGGUGCAUACUCUGGUGCUUCCGACUAUGGAUCUGCAGCCACUUCAGGUGCAGGCUACGGCAACAAGUCCAGCUCUGGCCGUGAUGACUUCGGGGAUUCUAGCGAUACUCGUUUCGGAUCUUCGGGUGAUACUUCUGCAUACUCGGGCUCGAACCAGUAUGGCAGCGGAACUACAGGGGGUGCUGGCUAUGGCAACAAAUCGUCGGACUACACGUCGUCCAGCGAUAACCAGAACUCUGGCAAGUCCGGUGCUGAUGAGCAAGCUUGGUGGUAUGAUGAACAACGAGAAGAUGGUUGA